AUGGGAGACGCCAGAAACAGCGUCGUGAGCAUCCGGGCCACGCGGCCCAACAACCGGCCGCUGCGCGGCCGCUCGGGUUCCGAAUAUGACAGGAACCUGAGGGUGAACACGGCUUGCAAUGUGAGCGCUGGAAUGUGCGUGGCCCCCAUCAUACUGGCCGUCGUCGUGUUGAUCGCCAUCGAGUACCAGAGGUACGCGCUGGAAAAGGCUCGUCAACAACGAGCCCGGGCAAAAUUGGAGUCGGCUAAGUCAGCGAACGGCAGCGCUGGCAACCCCACCCAUGAAUCGGGCAAAGCGAGCACUCAGGGCUGGAUUCCACCCGUCCAUGACGACCUGGUGUUCCCGCCGGAGGCCGUGCUUGCCGGCGUCCUGUUCAACCGGCGCCGCUUCUUCUUCGGCCGCUCGCUGGACUCCCACCAGGGCCCGUGCGUGGUUGCUGCCCCACAGCGACGCUGCCUCAUGGUAUGGCAAGGGAUGCCACCUCGGUUCGAGGACGACUUCGAGUACCUGGCUCACUCGGCGGGCGUGACGUUCUCGUGGACUGCGCUCCAGUCCGGCCAUCCGUGGCCGUCGAACGCGGUACGCCUGACUGCGUACACCACGUCUUCGGACCCGGGUCGCACGCAUCGGACGGAGGAGUUCUACUACGGCCGCAGCCCCGGCUUCGGCCGCAGUUCGCUACUCGCAGGCGUCGUGCGCUUAUCCGAGUCGUCCAAGCUGAUCGUCAUCGACAACCAGCGAGUUCGCCUGUUCCCGCAAUACGAGCUACUGGUGCGCAACACGCCUGGGUACCCGGUCGAGCGUUGGCACCAGUGUCAGGAUCGUUGUAGCUCGACCGAGGGCGCUGUGUUCGGUGGACUGGAGGGCGGCUCUCCCACCCUGGUAGGGAGGGCAUUCUUCGACGGCCGCUUCUCGCCCUGCAAGGUUGUCGCCGUGGGCUGCGUGCUGCCUGGAGGACAGAACUUGCGUGACCUGUGGCUGAAUGCUGACAUCGUCGAAGGACCGGGUGGCAGGCCCGACGUGGAUGCCCAGCACUUCCUGCAGCUGUGCACCAGCCGCUUCCCGCAGGCCACCCUAUCGCUGGGCUGGACCACGCGUCCCAUGUCUUCUUACAGCUGGGCUCACGUCGAAGCCAUGGCUCGGCUCCUGGUCUGCGGUCCGUACCGCGUUCCCCGGGUCACCUUUCCCGUGCGAGCCUCCAUGCUGGCCGCGUCAACGCCGCAGUUACUGUGGCUGCUGGACGUCAUCCCUGGCUCGACUCUGACCGUCUGGUCUUCGCCGCGGGACCCGUGGAGCACGAAAGCGCUAAUGAAGCUACGGAACCUUCUUCCAUUGACGGCCGUAUACUACGACCUGCCGUCCGACCAGAAGCAGGACUUCGAUCGCGCUAAGGCCCUCGUGUCUUCACCAACGCCGCACGUUCAACACGUCGACGACGGUCCGCUUCCGGAAUGGUCACUGGGCAUCGGAUACUCUUGUCAGCACAGGGCGCUAGCUGGCAAACGCGCGGUCGUGUUAGCCGGACCUGGAGCCAGGCUCCUGAUGCCGAACAAGUGGGACCUCGUGGAAGCCAAGGUCGAUCUGAGCCGUGUCGGAAGUUUGGUUCUGGGCUGGGGACAAGACGCGGACAAGGUGCAGAUCAAUGGAGGCUGCUUCUACAUUACGCUGACUAACGGCCCCAACGUGACGGCGCAGGUGUGGGCCUCUCCUUGUCUGCCGACUACCUCCUCUUUCGACGAAGAAGACCACGACAAGAAAGGUGACACCUUGCGCUCUGGAAAGCCCCUGGUGACUCGCCAGUGGCCGUCGUCGCCAUCACCGUCGACACAGACAUCAUCACCGACGCCCAUGGUGUCUGCACCUUCAAAUUCGCUCCUGUUCGAGUCUCCGGGCGCCGCUGUGGUGUACGACGUCCGCAUCUCGUCCUCGUCGGCCGUUUCGCGUACGACAUCGUUGACUGCGUUACUGCUCUUGUGCCUCGCGAUCUCCUUGGCUGCCUUCCUGCACUGCUGAUGACGUGACGCUUGAACAUGAAUGUGGACGGGACACCAGUGCAAAUUCACGUUUAGUAUUUCCUUUACAGGCCUGAUAAUUGAAGGGAUAUCGGCUCUGCGAACGUACGCUGUUGUUGUUGAGAAACAAUCUGACGCCAAUGAUCUACGCAUUAAAUUCUUUUGUUUUACACGGCUUGACGGCUGGCCGUCUAGUCGUUUAGCGUUGCUGGCGACAGCUCUGGAGACCACCGUGGUGUUGUUGAUUGUCGCACGCCUCGUAGAGAGCUCAAGGCACUUGUUUAAAACGUGCGAGUAGCGGGCUUUAGGCAACACAGGGGACAUAUAGCGAUUAAAGCAUCGCGAGAAAGCAUUUGAACACGAGAAUGUUAGCUAAAUAUAUAGAUAGGCGCUGCCUUACGGGUUACGAUAGCUAUAGUUGGGCGAGUCGGUACAUCUCCAUCUUUACACACAGCAUGCAUGAAAAAAAACAUAGACAAUAUAAGGACAAACGACGAAACACGAGCGCUGUAUGUUAUUUGCUGCGUGCUGUGUGUAAAUGUGUCUAACUGGUUGCUUCAUGCUUAGCUGCUUUGGCCGUCAGGAGCCCGGUAUAAACAAGACACACGGCAAGCGAACGAAGUUGAGUAGCUUGUCCCCAAAAACUUAAUGUCUAUGAACUUAGACGUUUCCACUGGGAUCUCCGUUGUAAAACGUUAUCGUGCAUGGUAAGAGCUACUGAUAAGCGUUCUCACAUCGUGCCAGGCACGAUACAGCUAAUUAAAAUUCAGCAUGAGUCCAUUUCGGUCGCGUAACGUGCCAGCUUGUUAAUUAAGACGUAUCCAAACACUAUUUUGCAGUGAUAACUUUGUCUACACGCCUCGGCAAGCGAUGAUAGUGGUUCACGAGCAGCCGGUUUUCUUGAGGCCCAGCUCUAUCUUAGUAUUAGCGUCUUAAAUUGGGCUGGUUGGUACAUUCUGAUUUCGAACGAAGAAACAUCGCUAGAACAAGACAAUGACGAGAGGACAAAAACAUGGUGCCGUGCUUGUGUCUUCUCGUCAUCGUCUUCUUCCAGCGCUGUUUCUUAGACCAAAGUCUCUAUCUAACUAUCUUAGAAGUGGUCUUGCUGACUGAAAGGUAGGGUCUUGUGAAUGCUUCUGUGUAAAUACGGAAAUCGCAACGAAUAUGACACGGUGUGCGACCAAAGGCUAAAAACCACUGCCUUCAUUAGUUAAUCGCGUUUACAAGCGAACCUUUGUUUUGUUUAGAGCUCAUGUGCCGAAACCGAACCCUCUAACAAUAUACUUAACUUUUAUCGUUAUAGUUCAAGGCCCAUGGUGUGGUAUGACAAUAAUUAAAAAAAAAGAUGUAACGGUGUAGCACAGAGGAAUUUCUGUUCUGAAGUGUGUAAUAAAGUGUUUUUGGCC